AUGUGCAAGUUCACCUACCUCGGCUACGACCGCUGCGAUGAGCCAGAGAGGCACUAUCUCAUCCGUCGUGAGAAAUGUAGCGCCAAAGCCAAUCUAAAGAAUUGGUGCGCUCCUCACGAGCAAGAAGAAGCCUCCACGGCGGACCAGGCUGGCAAGUUCUGGGUGUCGCUGCCGUGUCCCAUGUGUGCAGAAAUACCUGUGGUCUAUGAUCAGCCUCUGCUGGAGAUCGCUCAUUCCCGUCGUUCAGUUCUUCCGGCGCCUCACUAUGACGCCGUUACUAGGAAAUAUUCGCGUCUUCCCAGACACCACACGGCUGAGGAUGACUUGCCAGCUGACGUGGUUCCGCCGCCGCUCAAGACCACACGCAUGCAGGUCCAACGGGCAGCUACUGAGUCCAUCAUCACCAAAUCCAAAGCCUCGAAGGCUGCUGAGUCUUCGAACGGUGAAUACACGCUCCCAGCGACUACCUAUGUUCCUCCCACGCGGGAGCUAAACCUUCCUAAACCACUCCCUGUCCCGCAACCUGCUACUCUUACACCACCUUCUAGUCGAGAGUCAAGUCGGUCGCCUCCACAGAUUCGAAUGGAUGGCGCACUGCGAACUACUCCUCCCGGAGACGGCAGCCGUCGAGAGUUGGACUCUAUCCGUGAAAAGGCUAGGGCUGCAAAUGCCGCCGCGAUGGAGGCGAGACCUCCCACGGCUGAGAGAUUCCGUUCAGGCUCCGCAUCGUCUGCUUCAAGCAAUGGGACCGGUCGCCCAAGUCAGCCAUCUCGCCAGGCCUCAAAUGCAUCUAUAACAACAGCUUCUUCAUAUGCCAGUAGAGCCGCUAUCAAGACAGGCCACAGGCCUCAGAGGCAAGCAAGCGCGACCCGCUCUCCUCCUCAAGACAGCGUUGCAGACACCCUAGCAAACGCGGCCCUGAGGAGUAUUGGGAUUGACCGCACCGGGACUCGCUCUACAGCGGCUUCUGACUCCCCGGAGCGUGGUCGGAGACCUCGUCGUCGUCCCACAGGGGGGUCAAGCAGUGACAGGUCCGACUCUCCAUCGGUUUGGCGGCCCACCAUCAGCCCUCCCGUCCUGCAGAAGGACAGUCUCGGCCUGGGCCAAGUCGAUGACAGUGUCGAGCCAUUCAGACAGCGCCUGGUUCCCUUUCCCCCAAACAAGGGAGCUGCCACUCUCAACGCUGUCUCUAUCGCCAAAGGAAAAGGCCUAGUGGAAAGCCCACCGCGACCCAAGACUCCUCACCCACAGAGCAACAAGCCACCGGUGUUGAGGCUAUUCCCCAACGAUGCCGAUGAUGAGGAGAUCGCAGCCGCUGCCUUCGAGAGGAUGUUCGCCGCCGAGUCAAAGGCGCAAGCAUACCAGGUCAAGGUUCAGGCACAGGCGCAGGCCGACGCAAAAGCCCAAGUGCAGACCCAGAUCCAGGCCAGGGUCGCAGCGCAGUCGGCCUCACAAAGCGAUGCCCAGACUGCCGCCGCGAAGAAGGACAAGUCCCUGCCCUCCGUCCCGGCGGCCCUGCGGCGUGUCAAGACCGGCCAGGUCAAGACGGUCAAUGUCCCCCCGCCCCGGCCGCCGCGACGCCAGAACACCUCCGACAGCUCGAGCUCUGCCGCGUCCUCGUUCAAGUCGCCGCCCCAGCCGUCCUCUGCCACGAUCAUGAAGGUCAACAUGGGCCCUACGUUCAGCCUUGCUGGAGUCAGUGGGAAGUCACAGGAGUUUGAGAUCGUCACUGGACCUGAUGGGACUAUGCUGCAGGAACCGGUGCUGGGACAGGCUUUCUAG